AUGACUCCCCCACCUGGUUAUCGUUGCAAGGGGGAGAAUAUUGUUUGUAAAUUACAACGCUCUCUCUACGGCCUUAAACAAGCGUCGCGUAAUUGGUUCUCCAAAUUAUCCACUGCUUUACUAAGUUUUGGCUUUGCUCAAUCACAGGCUGACCAUUCUCUUUUUAUGCUCCAUCAAGACUCCGCCUCCAUCUUCAUCCUCGUUUAUGUGGAUGACAUCAUCAUCACCGGUUCAGAUGCUACUUUAUUACAAGAUGUGAAAACCCGAAUCUGCCACCAGUUUCAUACUAAAGACAUUGGCAUUUUAAAAUAUUUCCUUGGCAUCGAAGUCGCUCGUUCCAACACGGACCUCUAUCUCUGCCAACGAAAAUACACACUUGAUAUUCUUAAUGAUUGUGGCCUUACAGGGGCUAGGCCGGCAGAUUUUCCAAUGGAACAAAAUCUGAAAUUAUCUGAUUCUACAGGCGAGGUUCUCUCAGAGCCAUCCUCUUACAGGCGCUUAGUCGGGCGCUUGAUCUAUCUUACUGUUAGAAGACCUGACAUUGUGCACACCGUUCAUAUCUUGAGUCAGUUCAUGCACCAGCCUUGCCAACUACACUUAGAUGCGGCACAUCGAUUGCUUCGUUAUCUCAAAGGAACUCCGGGUCAGGGUAUUCUUAUUCCUGCCACUACUACUUUACAGUUGACAGCCUUUUGUGACUCUGACUGGGCGAGGUGCCCUAUGACUCGUCGGUCUACCACAGGAUAUUGUAUUCUCCUUGGCAUUGUUCCGAUAUCUUGGAAAAUAAAGAAACAGACCACCGUGUCUCGUUCCUUGGCUGAAGCAGAAUACCGUGCCAUGGCCGUUGCUAUAUGUGAACUCACUUGGCUAUCGUAUCUUUUUCAGGAUUUAGGAUUAUCCCCCCCGGCGCGUAUCCCUCUCUAUUGUGACAAUCAAGCGGCCCUUCACAUUGCCGCCAAUCCAGUAUAUCAUGAACACACAAAACAUAUUGAAAUAGAUUGUCAUGUGGUUCGUGAGAAAAUUCAGCUGGGUUUGCUUCACCCUACCAAGAUUCCCUCUGCAGAACAAGUCGCCGAUAUUUUUACCAAGUCUCUGGGUAGGGUACAAUUUCAACAUCUCAAGUCCAAGAUGGGCAUUCGAGACCUUCAUGCUCCACCUUGA